CACGAUCCUCCUCUAUUUAUCUCCACGAUCCAUUGAAUCUUCAAUCGGCAUCAAUUGCCUCCGAGAAGCAUCUUGUCCGGCCAGAGAACCCCUCUGUUCUCCCAGCCCCUUGCAAGAUGGCCUCUCUCCGGCCCUUGACCGCGUCCCUGCGCUGGGCCGCCGCCAGGUCCGCCCCCGCUGCUACUCGAUACAGCUCCUCCAGCUCGACCUCGGCCAUCGCCUACAAGGCCCUCCGCCGUCGCUCUGCGCCUCUUCCCGUGAGCGACCUGCCUCCUGCGUGGUCUGCCCAGGCCGCCGUCUCCAACAUCCUCUAUGAGACCCCGACCCCGUCCAUGGCCCCUCCCAAGCGCCACAUCCUCAACUGUCUUGUCCAGAACGAGCCCGGUGUCCUGUCCCGCGUCUCGGGCAUUCUCGCCGCUCGUGGCUUCAACAUCGACUCCCUCGUCGUCUGCAACACCGAGGUCGAGGAUCUCUCCCGCAUGACCAUUGUCCUGACUGGUCAGGACGGUGUCGUUGAGCAGGCCCGGAGGCAGCUCGAGGAUCUUGUCCCCGUCUGGGCCGUCCUCGACUACACCAACGCCGCCCUGGUCCAGCGUGAGCUUCUGCUUGCCAAGGUCAACAUCCUUGGCCCCGAGUACUUCGAGGAGCUCUUGGCUCACCACCGCGAAAUCACUGCUGGCGAGACCGAGGUUGACUGGGCCCAUGAGGCCAUUGAGCAGAGCCUCUCCAACGUCGCCAAGGACUUCCACCCCAGCAAGCUUGCCGUCAGCCAGGCUCUUCGACACAAGCACGAGCAUCUCAAGUCCAUCACCUACUUCGCCCACCAGUUCGGUGGCAAAGUCCUGGAUAUCAGCACUAACAGCUGCAUUGUCGAGAUCUCUGCCAAGCAGUCCCGUGUAGACUCCUUCCUAAAGCUCAUUACUCCCUUUGGCAUCCUCGAAUCGGCUCGUACCGGUCUGAUGGCCCUGCCCCGAACCCCCUUGGCCGAGAAUGACGACGAGUCCAUCGUCAAGGAGGCGGAUGAGGUUGUCGACGCUAGCCAGCUCCCCCCUGGUUAAGUCACGAUAUCUUGGAUGGCCCUCUGGCCCCAUGGAGUACGGCGAGAGAUGGAUGUGUUUAGUUGAUUUAAUUCCAAAGACUAUUUUUGUUCGUACGCCAGUGCUCCUCCUG